AUGACCGCCAUGCUGACACGCCACGAACAACGCCGCAACGUCCUUGUCUUCCCUACAGACUUUUACCGAAAACACACCGAGUCAAGCUCAAGCGACAGCAACUCGAUCCCCAACCUCAUGCACAACAACAAUACCAACAAGUACCUUCACUCGCUAAAGCUGCAAUCGCUCCAGGGCAAGGGCAAGACACGACCCAACACCAGACAACACCCAUAUCAACCCCAGCUUCAACAGCUGCUCUUCCAACAACCCUCAGAGCGUUUCCCCCGAACCCGCCAGGGUCAUGCCGAUGCAACUCACGCUGCCUUUGGUCAAAAAUACCCAGCUCAGUCGCGUACUACGAAUGCUCUGACGAACACCAUCCGGCCAUUAGAUAUCAAUCUCCUCACCCCAACGAGCGCAGCACCAGAAACAUUCUCCUCGCCUUCUUUUCCGUCGUCCUCUUCCUCAACUACUUCCACUACCUCCCAUCUCCACUUUGAUACCCAUGCCACCUCAAAGGCAUCCACAAUCUCCACCAACACCUCAGCAACCAUGCCCAACAUCAACACAAAGGUGGUGAUUAGGAUCCCAACCUUGGCCGCAUUCACAAAAAAGCGCAAGGCCACAAGCGAUCUCACCACAGCUGAAUCAUCUGCCGUGUCCGAGUUGAGCGGCGCUGCACCAUCUCCCAAUCAGAAGCGCCUCAAGAUUCGACUGAAGCUCCGGUCGUUGCCCAAGGAGCAGCCUGUGGCGAAACCCGAGUUCAAGCCAGAGCCGAUCGUGAUUUCGGAUGAUAGCGACGAUGACUUGACCUCGACCGAAUCGAUCUUGAGCCAAGACGACGAGACGGACGUGGACGAAGAGUCUAGCAACUACGCUUCAAGCAGCUCUGGAAGAGCCAAGCUUGACCAUCAAUUGCGACAUGUUCUCAACACCAUCUUUCCCAAGCGCGACGACAAGAACCGCGCCACCUUGAAGAGUGCUUUUGAGCUUUGCAGCCAGCUCCGUGACGACUACAUUGUUGGGCGUUUGUUGGGAAGCGGCAGCUCUGGCUUUGUGCUGUCUGCCAAGCGCGUCUUUGACGGCAGAGAGGUGGCGAUCAAGGUCAUUCCAUCGGACAACAAGUACACCGAGAGCAAGUUCCGACGCGAACUCGACAUUUUGAAUGCGUUGACGCAUGAAAACAUCUUGGGUUUUGUUGAAUACUUUGAGUCGCCUGACUGCAAGUUCUUGGUCACCGAGAUGGGCGGAUCCUCUCUGUUUGACUUUAUCGAGAUGCACAAGUCUCCCCAGGGCGCCGCGAUAAAAAGCGGCCACUUUGGGUCUGGCAUCCAGGAGAGUGUCAUCCGGUCGAUAUUUAUGCAGCUGUCGCUGGCCCUCUACGCGCUCCAUCAGAAUCGCAUUGUCCACGGAGAUAUCAAGGACGAGAAUGCACUGAUUACCGUCGACCACAACACCAACACCUACCGAGCCCGGAUCUGCGACUUUGGACACUCGAAGCGCAUCAAGGAGGGCAGUCUGCCUUCGUUCACGUUUUAUGGCACGACUAUCCUGGCACCACCAGAGAUGGACGCCAACAAUGCUCUGCGGGAGAAAAUGAAGCGGAGCGAUAUCCAGGUUGAGCACGACGACUGGACGCGGUAUUAUGGAUAUGAGGCGGACGUGUUUGCGAUGGGUCUGAUGCUGUAUACCCUGGUCCACGGAGACUUGCCGAGCGAGUUGAUGGAGCGGGACUCCAAGCUGUCGGCUGCCUACAAGCGUCGACGUCGAUCUGUCAAGACGUUUCCUUUUUCUGUUCUCCAGAAGAACCUUGAUGAGGACCUCAAGGAUCUGCUGAAGAGGAUGCUUGCCGUGACACCCUCUCGACGCAUCACCAUGGCCGAGGUCAUCAACCACCCCUGGCUCACCAAGUCCUGA